UUUCAGAUGCAAAUGUCUCAGAUAUUAUUAGUACUAUUUUUGUUAUUCUGUGAGAAAGCAACCGCCUGAGGGAGGCAGGGAGGGAGAUAUUGAUGGAGGGCGACGUGGUGAUGGCGGCGGCGGACGACGGUGGAGAUCAGGAGCUGGAUAAUAUGAAGAAGAGGCUGAAGGAGAUGGAGGACGAAGCUGCCGCUCUCCGCGAAAUGCAGGCAAAAGUCGAAAAGGAGAUGGGCGCCGCACAAGGAGAUCCAGCUGCUGCAGCUAAUCAAGCAAACAGGGAAGAAGUGGAUGCAAGAUCAAUCUUUGUUGGCAAUGUGGAUUACUCAUGUACCCCAGAGGAAGUGCAGCAGCAUUUCCAGACAUGUGGAACCGUGAAUAGAGUCACAAUUCGAACGAACAAGUAUGGACAGCCGAAGGGGUAUGCAUACGUCGAGUUUCUUGAAGCAGAAGCUGUCGAACCAGCCCUCCUUUUGAAUGAAUCCGAACUUCAUGGUCGACAACUGAAGGUAUCAGCUAAGAGGACUAACAUUCCGGGCAUGAAGCAACUUCACCCUCGCCGUGCUAAUCCCUACCGAUCCAGAGGCCUUUUCAUGGGUGCUCCUUACAUGUUUAACCCUUACGGAUACGGGAAGGUACCGAGGUUCCGGGCGCCGAUGCGAUACAAUCCUUAUUUCUGAGCCUUCUCCUCUGCUCCAAAUGGUAAACUUUCAAGUUUUGAAUUCUCUAUCUGCAUGAUCUUGCCUGGAAAUGAUCAGUUCUUUUUAACUCCGAGAUCUGCCUAAUGUCUUGCAUAUUUAAUGUUUAUUGAAUUUUCUCUGUUACUGUUCCGAAGGAGAAUUAUUUAUUUAAUUUGUUCAGCUGUUUGUGAA